AUGAGGCAAGCAGCCUUCCUCUGGGCCACGACAUGGCCAGACCCGGAGAAGCUCACAGCUGAACUUUCACAGGCAGACCCUCUGCCAGUGCCUAACACCCAGCAUGGGAGGCAGGGGCUCCCCCAUCCUCACCAAGGCAACAGGCUCACCUCCACACCAGCAUCCAGCUGCCUCGCCUUUAAAAUGCCAGGACGGCUGCCGCUCCGCUCAGAGCCCCCUCUCGGCGGCUGGCCGGGGCUCGACCGCGCCGCCGGGGCGCUGACUCAGCCGCAGCCCGCCCAGCCCGGCCUGGGCAGCGCCCCCCGCGCCCCGUGCCCCGCGCCCCGCGGCACCGGCCAGCACGCGCCGCAGCGAGCGCACUGGACUGCCUCGCCAGGUAAGCACUGCGGGCGCACACCGGGUCCCUGCGGGGCCGGGGCGCAGCGCGGUCGGGGGACCGGGGCGUCGCGCGGGGCACUAGGGGAAGAGGGGUGGUCUCCGGCCGCGGAGCCAGCCGGCCGGCCGCGCGCGGAGGAUCUGCUAGAGGAGAUCCGCCGCCUCGAGGAGACCCGCACGGCCACUCGGGGCCGGGACCCCUCCCGGUGGCACGGCGCCCUGGGUGCGCCUGGAUGGACAGGGGAGGCCGGCCCGGCGCCGGCAGGUAGCAGCAGCUUGGGGCGGCCGGAGUGGGAGCCGCGCCGGCUCUGCGUUGCAGCAGUCCGUGUUCGGCUGCGGGGCUCGGGUCUCUAA